AUGGCAGACAAAAGGCUAUCCUUUCGCUUCCGGUUCCCUUGGCGUAAUAGUCCCCGUUCUAAAGAAGAACCAGAGCCACGCCCAACACCUAAAACCCAAAACCCUGCCCAGUCAACCACCACAGUAGCCCCUGAGAGGCCACCAUUUCGGCCAGCAGGAAAAACUUCGGUAAAGGGCUCUCCAUCGCAAGCUCAGGGGCCACAAAAAACUGAUCUUCCACCAUCUCGUGCAGCCAGUGAGUCCCCAAAGACUCAAUCCCCGUCUCGUUUAUCUCCAUCAAAGAACUCACAUCCCACCACUCAACAAAGCUCUCCCCCAUCAGCUGCCUCGUCUCAAUCUCAACUAUUACAAGAGGAAGCAAUAUCUCAGCCACAGAAACCUCGACGAAAAAUACAAAUCAUAUCUGAAACUGAUUCCAGUGCUGAGGACAGUACUCCUAGAGAAACAACCUCUCAUACUCGUGAAACUUCCCCUAAGAGUAUAAAGGUAUAUGCUUCAUCUGAUAAAUCAGAUUCUGAUACCCUCAUUGGAGAUCACAAGCAGCUUUCGGAAUCAGAGGCAGAGUCAAAAGAGCACAAAGAAGCGGAGAAAGUAGUGCAGGUACCGGCAGUAGAAGAAAAGACCGAUGAUCCAGGUUACACAGAACCAUUGCAAGAAAGGGUCACUCAACUUCCUGCUGCAGCAAAAGACUCGGGAAAUCAGGCCAAAGACCCACUUGGAGAUGCAUUGCAAGCAGACCAGCGAAAGGAGAAGCAAGAAAAGGUCACUGAACUUCAUGCUGGAGCAACAGACCCAGGAAAUCACACCAAAGACCCACUUGGAGUUGCAUUGCAAGCAGAUCAGCAACACGAGAAGCAAGAAAGGGUUGCUGAACUUCAUGCUGCAGCAACAGACUCAGGACAUCACACCAAAGACCAACUUGGAGUUGCAUCGCAAGCAGAUCAGCAACACGAGAAGCAAGAAAGGGUCGCUGAACUUCAUACUGCAGCAACAGACUCAGGAAAUCACACCAAAGACCAACUUGGAGCUGCAUUGCAAGCAGAUCAGCAACAGGAGAAGAAAGAAAAUUUUGACAGAAAGGAGAUGCUGGCCACCACCAGCUCUGAUAAGAAACCUAUCAAAACUGAGAGGAGCUCCUCAAGGGUGUAUAUUCGAAAGAUGGUUGCAUCGACUGGGGAACGACCUCCCCCAAAUAAAGAAAUCAGGGAAGAUGUUUCCAAGGUUGAUAAGCUGGCCAUCGGGCAGCAAAUGCUUGAUAAGCCAGUUGGUGUUGUGACCUUAACUGGCAAAAACAGAGGAGCAGUAAUGCUCUUCAGCUCAGAACCAGAAAAACGAGAAGAACCAGUCCACAUACGCCGCGGUUACAAGCUCAAUCCAGAUGAUAAUGAAGCUACUACUGAUGGAGAGGUAAGCAAUGAGGAAGAAAUUUUCGAGGACCAGAUAUUCGAAGGAGAUCAACAAUACAUCAACAGCAAUGUCCAGAGCAUCAAUAACUCUAUUGUGUGCAGUAGUUCUGUCACGGAAAGGAAUCCAGGUGUUGCUGUUUUUUCUUCAAACCCACCAGAAUCCAUCGAUUCAAAUAAAGAAUCAGACUCCCUCCAAACACACAAGGCUCAAGUCAUCCAAACACCUGCUGAUAAGCUUACUCAUGAAUCCACUGUAAGACGGCGAUGCCUUGGAGGGUUAUUCAUGGAAUCCAGUGACUCAGAACCAGAUAAUCCCGCCAAGCCUCGACGUCAUGGCUGCCGCUAUAUUUGCAGGAAGGAAAGCAAGGAAACAGAGAUUGGUAUUGUCUAAUUAGGUACUAUCUGGGCUCAUAAGAUCUACCAGAGAGAUGUAAAAAGAAAUGGCAUAAAUAACAGCAACCAUGUUUGUACAAAUUGAAAAUAAUAAGUUUAUUGUGUCAUCCUCCAGGCAUACUAUGAUGAAUCCAUGCUAAUGAUCAUA